GGCACUUCGAUCAACCAAAGCGCGCAUCUCUUCCUCCUUUCUUUCUUCCUGUUUCCAUUCGAUCCUCUUACCGCCCCCUUUGCAGGAAAGACAGCGAGUUGCAAUAGUCCGUCUGUCCAUCGCAUCCGCAUCAGCCAACGAACGAUCUCUUUAAUUCCCAGGGCAACAUUACCAAUACAGAGCAGCCAUACAUUUUUCGGUGGCACAGAGUGCAAACACGCAGAAAAGAUGGCCAAGGAUCAACUCAAUUUCUCUGGUUCACACGAUGAAGACAUCGUCCAUCGCUCAGUCUUGAAGACAAGGCAGGCAUCCGCCUCAUCCUCAUUCUCACUCGCAUCAGACUCCUCGAUCGAUGAGAACAGGCCCGAGUGGUUCACCAAGGAUACCUCGGUGCAGUUCCAAAAGACACCUGCAGAGCAAGAUCCUGCCGUUGGGUUCGUCUAUACGCCGAGAACGCUGACCAUUCUCGGAGCCAUGCUUCUUGGUCUUGUCUACGUGGCUAUGACUCCUGACAUUGACGAUACGAGCGCGAAUGUGAAGAUUGGUUUACUGGCUGCGAUAGGGUCAUUUUGUGUAUUUGGAAUGCUCCAGUUCCGCGACAGUCUCCUUUUGAGACCUCAUCCAGCGCUUUGGCGUGUUGUCUUGUCGCUGGGCGUUGUCUACCAGCUCUUCCUUGUCUUUCUUCUCUUCCAGAACAAACACGAUGCGAGGUUAUAUUUCAAGUAUCUGGAUCCUUCCCUUGGCGUACCCUUGCCCGAAAAGUCUUAUGGUGGCGCCUGUGAACUGACCUGGGACAACUUCGUGAGCCAAGUAUUUGACGAGUUCGUGGUGGCCCAUACCCUUGGCUGGUUCUGCAAGGCCCUGAUCUUGCGCGACUACACGUUUUGCUGGAUUUUGUCAGUGAUGUUUGAAGUCAUGGAAUACUCGCUCUCGCAUCAGCUCAACAACUUUGACGAGUGUUGGUGGGAUCACUGGAUCUUGGAUGUGUUGGUCUGUAACUGGCUGGGCAUGUAUCUCGGCGUCAAGACCUGCGAGUACUUUGAGAUGAAGCAGUACUCGUGGCAAGGACUCGCAGAAAUCCCGACACUCAAAGGAAAGAUGAGGCGGACGAUGGCUCAGUUCACUCCAAAGUCGUGGACAAAGUUCGAAUGGAACUCCACAAAAAACUUUAAGAGCUACUGCACUGUUCUCUUCCUCCUUACCAUGUUCCUGAUCUGCGAGCUGAACGCGUUUUAUCUCAAGACACUGCUCUGGCUGCCUCCAGCUCACCCUAUCAACAUUAUCCGCAUAUUUGCGUACUUUAUGUUUGGAAUCCCCGGAGUGCGCGAGGCAUACCAAUAUUUCCACGACGACAAUUGCAAGCGCAUUGGACCACAGGCAUGGCUCUUGAUCGGCAGUAUCGCCACCGAGGUCUUGAUCGUAUUCAAGUUUGGCCAGGGAGAGUUCCCCAACCCUGCACCCAAGGAGGUCAUCUACUUCUGGACUGUCUUCUUGACGAUUAUUACCCUCUUCCCAAUCUACAAGUUCUUUCUCUUGCCACGGUACCAGGACAAGAGCAAAGUAAAGGCCAAGCUGCAAUAGAUCGGUUGGCACAGCAAUUUUUCAAAUAAAAGACAGUCGCAUUUGUG